AUGAUAAAAGAAGAAGUUCUCCAAAUGACACUACCUGAAUCCAGUGAGCGUAAGAGACUCUACUAUUCGAUUUUUGAGAUGGGUGGUUUUCUCAGCCUCAUUGAUGGAGUUUCUCGGGACAAAACUGACAUAUGGAUUCUUAAAGAUUUUCAAAGUAUGAAGUGGGAGAAGUUGCUGUCAAUAACUUUCCCGGAUCAUGAGUUUGGAAGAUAUCAUGGUGCUGCUUUUCGGUAUCCAAUUUGUGGCAUGAUAAGCAAGCAAUAUAUCGUUUUCAUGAAAUCAAGAUGGGAUAAAAGUUUGUUUAGUUAUGAUCUGAAAAGUAGAGUCUUUAAAGAGAUAAACAUCCGCAUUGAUUUGGGUGAUCUGUAUGUGGUUCAUUCAUCAGGACCAAGUGAAAAAACCACAAGGGAGGAGGUAUUGGUGUAUAGUUCUAGAAUUGCUGGAUUAAUUAUGGCGGAUGAAAGUAAUAAGUAA